UUCUUAAAAUCAGAAUUUCCUAUUAACAACAUUAAUUCUUGUAUUAAAACUAUUCCAAAAUUAUUUAACUCCAACAGUAAUUCUCAGCAUUUUCCCAGUGAAGAACUUAAUUUUACAAUUGCAGAACAUCGAAAAAAGCAUAGAAGAAGAAAUGAAAUUUUAAUUCCAUUUUCUGAAAAUUAUCAAAAAAUACGGGUCAUUUCAUCUAAUAUUAAACAACAUUUAUUAUUUAAAAAUUCACUCCCUCUAGAAAGGAGACAAAAGCCAUUUUGGCGAUAUACAAAAACAAUUAAUUUGGUGCUAUUUUUACAAUUGCUUAUUUUAUUUUUAAUACUAAAGCCUUUAUCAACUUUCUUUCUUUAUUCAACUGCCUCUGAAAUUUCAUUGAAUGAAACAAAUUCUUUUGAAGAUUUUGAAGAAAAUAUUUAUCAAAAUUUUACUGAAAAUAUUUGGAAAUUUCAACAAUUAAAUAAUGAAAAUAAUUAUUAUAAAAGAUUUAAAAGAAAAAAUGAUUGGAAGCAACAAAAAUUAUCAAAACAAUUAUUUACAAAAAUGGGAUUAAUUGAAGAAAAAGGACUACAACUCGAAAUGUGUCAUGUUUGGAAUAAAGGAUCGCCUUCUGAACUUUGUGCAUUGAAUAGAUGGGAAAGAAUUAAACGAAUGGAUGAGUUAUCUCUAUUUACAAUAUGCGCUGAAGGCUUUUCAAAUUUACAAUUGUCUGACAUAUUUCAAUUAAACGUUAUCAACAAUCAUGAAUCAGAAUCUUCACUUAUUUCAUUUGUGGAACGUCAUCUAAAAUUGGGUCAAUUAGGCCAAUCCUGUAUUUUAGGAGAUGCCCAUUCUUCUGAAUGUUUAAUUUGUUUUGAGCGUUUGGGAACUUCUUUAGAAAAAUUAGAAAAAACUUUUUGGUCAUUUUCACAAUUAUUACAACGCUUUGAUUGCCGUCAACAACAAAAAGAUUUGGAAAAAGAAAAUACAAUAAAACAACAACAAAUUUCAACAACAAGACCUUUUUCACCAAAUACAACGUGUGACAAUUGCGCGGUCAUUUUUUAA